CUCCUCCUCCUCGUCCUGCCCGCGGCGAGCCCUGGGCCGGCGCGGGGCUCUCAUGGCAGCGUCGAGAUGUUCGUGUCCAGAGUGGUGGAUUUCCAGCAGACCCGCUACGCCAGGUUCAUGAACCACCGCGUCCCGUCCAACCGGCGCUACCAGCCCACGGAGUACGAGCACGCGGCCAACUGCGCCACCCACGCCUUCUGGAUCCUGCCCAGCAUCCUCGGCAGCUCCAUCCUCUAUGUCCUCUCUGACAACCACUGGGAAACCAUCUCGGCCUGGAUCUAUGGCUUCGGCUUGUCCAGCCUCUUCAUCGUCUCCACCAUCUUUCACACCAUCUCCUGGAAGAAGAGGCACCUCAGGACGGUGGAGCACUGCUUGCACAUGUUUGACAGGAUGGUCAUCUACUUCUUCAUAGCAGCCUCCUACGCUCCCUGGCUGAACCUGCGCGAGCUGGGGCCCUGGGCGUCCCACAUGCGCUGGAUCAUCUGGAUCAUGGCCUCGGGCGGCACCGUCUACGUCUUCUUCUUCCACGAGCGGUACAAGCUGGUGGAGCUGGUGUGCUACGUUAUCAUGGGAUUCUUCCCUGCCUUGGUCAUUCUGUCCAUGCCCAACAGAGACGGCCUCCUGGAGCUGGUGGCUGGCGGGCUCUUCUACUGCCUGGGCAUGGUCUUCUUCAAAAGCGACGGCCGCAUCCCCUUUGCCCACGCCAUCUGGCACCUCUUCGUGGCCAUCGGAGCGGGCAUCCAUUACUACGCCAUUUGGAGGUACCUCUACCAACCUGAUGCACUGGAGGCCAAAACGUCCCGAUAGAGGCCUUAAAGACCAUGUCUGUGCCAGCCGGCAUGUCGGGGACUGACGGGGAGCAAGGGCUUGGACCAUGGACUUGCCACGGAGCCCCGCAUCACCUGCUCUGUCCACAAGGAGACACCUCUAAUGCCCUUCCUGCUCAGAGAGAAGAGCCUGAGGGUUGAUUUUAAACAGAUUUUUUUUAAAAAAAACCUUGAGAACUGUCUAUUUUUGUAGGCAAAGUUUUUGUAACGUGAUGACCAACCAGGGGGCUGCAGGACCACUUGCCAGGGCCUCAGGGAUCUUCAUCCCCAAAGCUUUCUCCAUCUAGCUGUCCCCAAGUAUCCCAUGAGAGCUGGUGGUUCUGCAUUCCUCUGACGAGGGCCAUCCUGGGUUUGGCUACCGGGGCCCUCAGCUUGGACCACACAAGCCAAGCUCUGUGCACUGGGAAAACGAGGUGCCGUCUGCUGCGAAGCUGGAAUGCUGCUCCUGCGCUGCCAGGUCCCCCUGCAGUCCCAAAGCUUCUGGGAUUGCAAACCCUGGUACGGGCUCUUCUCUGGGAUCGGGCUCUUCGGGCCAUGUGUUGCUGCAUCUUCCCGGCAGGAUAGCUGAGAGCAGGCUGAAAGCAGAGCCGUGCAUCCCCAGAGUCCUAAACACUCAUCACCAGCUUCGUUUUAACUGUGCAAAAAGAGUCACGGCUCCUGCUGAGAUGGAAACGUCUCCCACCCACCUGAGCUGCAGGAAAUCUCCUUUCCAGCCCCUUCCCUCUGCCCAGGUUUCCAGGAGGAGCCUGCAGCACUGCAGGGUCGGGGCUGGUGAUGGGUCCGGAGCAGAGCGGGGUGCACUGUGCAAGAUAGAUGUCACCCUCCAGGACUCAGUUCUUGCUGCUUUGCCUUCGGUCUCAACAUCACUGGCCUGAGAGGAUGAGGAAGCUGUGAAGUGAUCGGCUGUCGGGGGAGCAGAUCUGGGGCUGGACCCACACCCUGGGCCGACACUUUUGCUACGGAGCGGCGCUCUGGCAAGUCAGGACCCUCUUUGUGCCUCAGCUCCCCUGCCUGGGAAACGGGCGCAAAGCUGCUCCGAGAAGCAGCUGCAGGAAUUGGACCUGCCGGGACGUUCGGGACCGUCACUGCCCUGCUCUGAAAUCCAGCCGUUUUGCAGAGACCCUCGAUGCACCGAGUGGAGGUCCCUGCUGCUGAUCCGUUCUCCGUCUUCUCUCGCUUUAUGAGUCUUCUCCUUGGAAUGCAUGGGGAGGGGGGCGGGAAGGGGGAAGUGGGAACAUUAUCUGACUGUCAUCCCAUUUUAUACUAAUUUUAAAUGAACUGUAACGUUCAGGAUGGCCGCGAGCGAGGAUUCGAGUGAUGCUCUGAGCAUCCUGUUCCUUGUGCUUUAUAUUUAACACAGUAUUGGGGAGAAGUGUUUCCUGUGGA